GCGUAUUGUAACUCUGCGCAUCUCUGUUUUACACAAUUGUUCUAGGCAGAGAGAAAGAAGGUAUCAACAGAUUCUUAAGUCUAAUUUAUUUUUAUCAAUGAAUUUUAAAAAAAUGACGGUCUUGAAAGUGUCUAAGCCACGUAAUAGAUAAUAGGUUUUAUAAGUAUUAAAGUUGCAAUUGGAUAUAUAAGCUGUGGAACGUGCUAAGGAGAGUGCUUCGACUUGUUUUUUUUCAUUGCAGUGAUACGAUCACGGCAGAAAUAAACUUAAGGAUAUCUCGUUGGAAAAUAUUUCACAUUGAAAAAUUCAUUGUUGAUAAGAAGAAAACACAAUGAAAGGCAGCAACAAUGACUAUUCAACUAUGGUUACCGUUCCACUUUCAAAACUUGUAAUAACGGGGGAUGAUAGUAUGAGUGAUGACGUUUUCGAACAAGACGAGGAUAAAUCUGAAUCUAUUUAUUCUCCUGUAUCUUUCCAACCACCAAGUAUAUCGUUGUCAGGAUCCACUGGAUACAGGGAUUACAAACCACCGGCGGAAGUAUACAUAAUAAAUCAACAAUCAGAUUCCGUACAAAAUUUUUUACAAAAUAAAACAUGGACCAGUGUAUUUGCGAAGGAACAAAAUACUUGGGAAACUAUUUUGCACAAGACUAUAUUACUUGGCGAUAGUGGAGUUGGAAAAACAUCUUUAUUAGUACAGUUUGAUACAGGCAAGUUUCAACAUGGAACAUUUGCAGCUACCGUGGGAAUUGGAUUUACGAAUAAAAUGAUACUUGUUGAUGACAGCCAAGUUAAAUUGCAGAUAUGGGAUACUGCUGGGCAAGAAAGGUUCCGAAGUGUGACUCAUGCUUACUACCGUGACGCACAUGCAUUACUACUACUAUAUGAUGUAACAAAUAAACAAAGCUUCGAUAACAUUAGAGCUUGGCUUGGAGAAAUUCGAGAAUACGCUCAAGAUGACGUUGUUAUCAUGUUAUUAGGUAAUAAAUGUGACUGCGGUUCAGAUAGAGUUGUAAGAAAAGAAGAUGGACAACGAUUAGCGAGUGAAUAUAAAGUACCUUUUAUGGAGACUUCAGCUAAAACUGGUCUUAAUGUUGAAUUAGCUUUUCAUGCAGUUGCAAGGGAGCUGAAAGCAAGAGCUAAAUCUCAACAAGAUGGUCAUUCAGAUGAAGGUAGCUUCAACGUGCAUGAUUAUCUUCGGCAGCAUCAAGCGCAAAAAAGUGACAACUGUUUUGCAACAAACUGCCUAAGUUGAACGGCAAAGAUUUAUUGUAAUCAUUUGAAAUGUUUGUUUAAAUUAAUAGAAUAAGCUUCAAAAAAGUUGUAUAGGGCCCAAACAUAAUAAACAAUUACUAUUCAUUUUAAAUUAGUAACAGAUCCGCACAAAUGUAUUCCUAAUGAUUCCAUUGACGAUGGUAUUCUACAUUUUAAAAAGUAAAAAUAAGUUUAAAAAUUAAUAAUUUCUAUGUUUAAAUA